GAGAUGACAUUUUAAUUCAUAUAUUUAUAGGUAAAAUAUUAUUACCUUAAUGCUUAAUACAAAGCAAAGUUUCAGCUGAACUUUGGUUUUACUUAAUCUUCAAGGAACAUUAUUGAAGUAAAAGUACAAAAACUCUCUGAAUGAAUAUAAUAAUAAGUUUAAAAAUAUAUUUUUUAUAAAGAUAUAUUAUUGGAUCUUUCACAAAAAGUCAUACAAACGAGGAAAAAAGAAAAAUGCCAGAGUGUUGAGAUUUGCCCUUGAAUCUCCUCUUUUAGUUUUCUUUCAGUUAAACCAAUCACCACGUUUGUUUCUGGAUUGAAGCCAGAAUCAACAUUGUCCCUAUAUUUAAUCAAAUAAUGGAGAAAUAAUUACAAAUUCUGAAUGCAGUUAGAGGAUACUGGAAAGCAGGGUGUCUGGACGGAGCCUGAGCUGGAUCUCUGACUCAUUUCUGACUUUAGUUUUUUCAAGGGGGAACAUGGCAAAGAUGUUCAGUUUCAUCCUUGUCGCCACUGCUCUGAUAAUGGGCAAGGAAAGCUGGGCGCGCGAGGAGUGUGCCCAAGAGCAGGCGCGGCUCAGAGCCCAGGUGCGCCUACUCGAGACCCGGGUCAAACAGCAGCAGGUCAAGAUCACGCAUCUUUUGCAGGAGAAGGAAGUCCAGCUGCUGGAUAAAGGAGAGGAGAGUAAUGUCAUUCACACUGGAGGCAAGAGGCAGUAUGCAGAUUGUUCAGAGGUUUUCAAUGAUGGGUAUAAGCUUAGUGGAUUCUACAAAAUCAAACCUCUCCAGAGCCCAGCAGAGUUUUCUGUUUAUUGUGACAUGUCCGAUGGAGGAGGAUGGACUGUAAUUCAGAGACGAUCUGAUGGCAGUGAAAACUUUAACAGAGGAUGGAAUGACUAUGAAAAUGGCUUUGGAAAUUUUGUCCAAAAACACGGUGAAUAUUGGCUGGGCAAUAAAAAUCUUCAUUUAUUGACCACACAAGAAGACUACACUUUAAAAAUCGACCUUGAAGAUUUUGAAAGAAACAGCCGUUACGCACAAUAUAAGAACUUCAAAGUUGGAGAUGAAAAGGAUUUCUAUGAGUUGAAUAUUGGGGAAUAUUCUGGAACAGCUGGAGAUUCCCUUGCGGGGAAUUUUCACCCUGAGGUGGAGUGGUGGGCUAGUCACCAAAGAAUGAAAUUCAGCACGUGGGACAGAGAUCAUGACAACUACGAAGGGAACUGUGCAGAAGAAGAUCAGGGUGGCUGGUGGUUUAACAGGUGUCACUCUGCAAACCUGAAUGGGUUUUACUACAGCGGCCCCUACACGGCUAAAACAGACAAUGGGAUUGUCUGGUACACCUGGCAUGGGUGGUGGUAUUCUCUGAAAUCUGUGGUUAUGAAAAUUAGGCCAAAUGAUUUUAUUGCAAAUGUAGUUUAAUCGUUCCUGCUGGGCUUUUAUUUCUGCAGUUCAGCUUUUGUUUAAAGUGAUUUGAAAAACAGUAAUUCUGAGCAUAUCCAUGUGCAAUUAUGAUAACUGUUGUUGAGUACUGUUUUUCAUUCUUCUUACUUGCCUUUGUUACUUAAUGUACUUUCAGUAUGGCAGACAUGCAAUAUUCAACAAAUAAAUGUAAAUUGUGUUACCAUU